AUGGAGGACUUCACUGGCAUGUUGACUCCUUCAGACUCUCCCUCCGCAUUCCCCUUCUACCCAGUCACUCCUCCCCUGAGCUCCGUCCCCUCAGAGACAGACCUCACCCUCAAGUUCUCCGCCGAUGUCACUCCCGACGAUAUCCCCGUGGUAGCAGUCGUUGGAGUUGGCUACGUCGGAACACAUCUCGUCAGCUCAUUCUCAUCAAGGUAUCAAGUCAUCGGCUUUGAUGUUUCCGAGAGACGCAUUCAAGAUCUUCGACAGGAGUUCAAGGGUAAUGAAAAUGUCACCUUCUCCCGAACUAGGAAUGAUCUUGUUGCUGCUACCCACUUUCUCAUCUCGGUGCCUACACUAUUGAGACCUAACAAGUCCAUCGAUUCUUCAUACCUUUGUGAUGCUCUCAAGAUGGUCGGUCAGGUUGCUCGUCGGGGUUCGACUAUUGUUAUUGAGAGCUCUGUUGCUGUUGGUAUGACCCGUGAGCUGGUCGGACCCAUCGCCAAGAGACUUGCUCUAUUUGCUGGCAUGUCUCCAGAGCGCGUUGACCCAGGCCGCACCGAACCCCCAGUCAAGUCAAUCCCCAAAAUCAUCUCAGGUCUUGACGACAUCCUCCCCGGCUCCCUCGAUGCCAUCAACCGCAUAUACUCCACCAUCUUUGACAAUGUUGUCACCGUCUCCAAGCCCGAAGUCGCCGAGAUGAUGAAGCUAUACGAAAACUGCCAACGCAUGGUCUGUAUCGCCUACGCCAAUGAAAUGGCUGAUGCUUGUAUCCCACACGGCAUCGACCCCUACGAGGUCUGUUCCGCAGCAUCUACCAAGCCAUUUGGCUACAUGCCUUAUGCCCCUGGUGUCGGUGUCGGCGGACACUGCAUUCCCGUCAACCCUUACUAUCUCCUUUCCAACAGUUCAUUUCCCCUGCUUGAAGCCUGUUCAUUAGCCAUGAGCAACAGACCCGCCAAGCUUGCCCAACGCCUCAUUGACUCGGUAUCCAUCACCGAGCGUCGCUCGCGUGUGCUUGUCGUUGGUCUUGGUUUCAAGCCUGGUCAGUCUCAGCUUGAUAACUCACCUGGUGUUGACCUUGUUCGAAAUUUGGCUGUUUCAGGUGCUCAGAUUGACCUCACUUGGUCUGAUGCUCUCGUCAAGCAAGAAGCUGUGCCUCAGGUUCCUCGUCUUGCUGAGCGUGAUUGGAACAAGAGCUUCUUGGAGACAUUUGACGUCAUUGUGGUGGCUAUGAAACAGCACAACAUGGACUUUUCUCUGCUAGCAACGUUGGAGGGUGUUCGCGUUGAGAGCUGGUGCAAGUGA